AUGGCAAGAGACCGGAAGGAGCAAAUGGUAAUCCAGUCUUCAAUCGUCUUGCUUCAAGAAAGAUUCAGACAACUUCAGAGAGCUCGAGAUUUAAGAGCUGAGCGAGAGCUCCUCAACCCUAAACCUCAUCACCAAGACAACAUCUUACAAUAUUACAAUGAACCCGCGAGUUUUGGUUUCUUUCAGUUUCUACCUCUAAACUCUCAAACAUCCUCGUCACAGCAGCUCCUCUCCCUCUCCUUAUGCCCUCAAUCCACCUCUGCUUCCAUUGAGAAGCCAAGCUUUUGUCAUCAAUGGCCAAAUAAAGAAGACAAGAUCAUGAUGGGUGGGUUUGAUCGAUACGACGACGUUGAUACGUCUCUGCAUCUCUAA